GCACUGGAAGACAGGGGUGUUCUCAGAAAGGGGACAUAGAGAAGGACAGUUGGGGAGGGGGAAUCUAAGUUGUGGCUGUAACCCCUUUGGAAAUAUAAAAGCAAUUUUGAGAGUAGUGUCGAGAUGAUAGAGUGGUUAUCCAGGGCUGAAGACAAUCAGCUUUAAAAGAAAGGCAGAAAAAGAAAGGAGAUGGCAUGAAUUAAGGAAAUAAUAUAGCAGAAGAAGGAAAAGGAGAGAAGUAAAUUAGAAACUAGAGCAGAUAUGUUUAAAGCAGGGAAUGAAUGAGUGAAAAUAGAUGAAGGCAAAUUAGGAGAAAAGAUGCCAGCUGAGAUACAAAUAGUGUGAAUACAGUAUAGAAUAUCUGAACUGGGAGUUCUCUGGAGAAGGCCUCAGCAUUUGGGUGAACUUUGAAUCAUGACCUCCAUCAUCUCAGGCUCUCUGUAGCUGCCAGCUCUACCAUGGAGAAGCUAUUGCCACUGACUGCAGGGGAAAGUGAGCCCAUUGUUCACUGUGGGGGACAUUCCCACAAGGACUGUUGUGAACGGGUGGUGAUAAAUGUUUCUGGCCUACGAUUUGAGACUCAAGUAAAGACCUUGAGACAGUUCCCCGAUACUUUACUGGGUGAUCCUCUGCGGCGGUUGCAAUAUUACGACCCAUUGCGUAAUGAAUACUUCUUUGAUCGCAACCGGCCUUCCUUUGACUCUAUUCUGUAUUAUUACCAAUCUGGAGGACGGCUUCGAAGGCCAAUUAAUGUACCUCUUGAUGUUUUUUUGGAGGAACUCAAAUUCUAUCAGCUGGGUGAAGAAGCUCUCACUAAAUUUCGUGAUGAUGAAGGAUUCAUCAAGGAAGAGGAGCAGCCCAUGCCUGAGAGAGAAUUCCUCAAACAAGUGUGGCUGCUCUUUGAACAUCCAGAGAGCUCUCAGGCUGCCCGCAUCAUUGCAAUCAUUUCAGUUAUGGUCAUUCUUAUCUCCAUUGUGAUUUUUUGUCUGGAGACUUUACCUGAGUUUCGGGAUGAGAGCGACAUGUCUUUGCCGCUUGUCCACCAUCAUUUGAAUAGCAGUGUGCCGCAUACAAUGCCACCGAAGUCUCAUUCUGAAGAUCCUUUCUUCAUUGUGGAAACCAUUUGUAUCUGUUGGUUCUCCUUUGAACUCCUGGUGCGAUUCAUAGCCUGCCCAAGUAAGCCAGCUUUCUUCAAGAAUAUCAUGAACAUGAUUGAUUUUAUAGCAAUCAUCCCUUACUUUGUUGCCCUUGGUACAGAGUUUGCACGUCAGCGUGGGGUAAGCCAACCUGCCAUGUCAUUGGCUAUCCUCAGAGUCAUCCGGUUGGUGAGAGUCUUUAGAAUCUUCAAACUCUCCAGACACUCCAAAGGAUUACAAAUCCUAGGUCAGACGCUUAAAGCCAGCAUGAGGGAACUGGGCUUGCUCAUCUUCUUCCUGUUCAUUGGAGUCAUCUUGUUCUCCAGUGCUGUCUAUUUUGCAGAAGCUGAUCAUGAUCAGUCAAAUUUCUCCAGCAUCCCUUCUGCCUUCUGGUGGGCUGUGGUUACCAUGACGACUGUGGGAUAUGGUGACAUGUACCCUGAAACUAUUGGAGGCAAAAUUGUGGGGUCUCUUUGUGCCAUUGCUGGAGUACUCACUAUCUCGCUUCCAGUACCUGUCAUUGUCUCCAACUUCAGCUACUUUUAUCACCGAGAAACUGAUUGUGAGGAUCAAGGUCAAUACACCCACAUUACAACAUGCCCAUAUACCCCACCACCAUCCCCAGAACUUGCUGCCAUCCAGAGGAAAGCUCAUAUCCAUGAGAAAGCUCUACAUAGAGAGAAACAUGGGGACAAAGAACUUAUUGUACCCAAUUCAGAAUUUCUAGAUGGUAUGGUGCCUACAGGCAAUUCAGAAUUGCCCAACAAACGUCUUGUGACCCAAGUGUGAUCAUCUCAUCCGCCCAAGCAAUUCUUGUUUGCUACAUGCCUUUCUUUACUUCAUCUCAGCAUAUUUAACUUGAAAGUUCUGCAUAAUAAGGCCAUGAGCCAUAAGUCUGAUCUGUUGUUGUGCUUAAAAACUAGUAAUGUGUUCAGAGAUUAAUUUAGAGGGGAGGGUUUGGAACGGGACAAAUUACAAUGGGCUGCCAAAGGAUCAGACUCUAUAUAUUAAGAAAAAAGAAUUAAAUCACAAAGAGGCAGUUGAACAAACAUAUUCUGCCAUAUUGUUCUUUCCUAAGUUGGAGUUGCAAUCAGUCAUCAAAAAAUGAUCUUUCUGUUUCUCUUAUUUCCUUUUACUCUGUUACCUACCAUCCUUAUGUGACUCAAAAGGGCACGAAGAUGCCUUCCUGAAACCACAGUACUGUGUUCUUAGGUUACAUCUGCUGGAUCGUUCAAUGGAACAUACCCAGGACAAGCAGACCCCAAAUAGCAAGUGUGGGGAUAAAUAAGGGAGUGCUAUCAGGCAGUCAUUUUUGAUUCAGGAUAUUACAGGCAACAUUGUCAUCAUACUAAGAAGGAACUGUAAAUACAUCUCUAGGAGAAGGCCUGUUGCUGCUCUGCUGCUGCUGCUGCUUCUGCUGCUACUACUACUACUACUACUACUGCUACUGCUACAGGUUUUUCAUCAGCCUACUUUCCUAACAUAGGACUUCUUUACUUAGAUUAUACAACAGAUAAUUUGCAUUCAUGUUUCUGAGAAUUUACUUCGAAAAUUGCUCUUGUUUUUUUAAGCAAUAGCAAAACUGUAGUAGUUGUAUGUGUUUUAGAAACUACUUUAUUUAUUUCUGAAAUUUAAUGCAACCUUUUUCUCAGCACAUUCUUGUACUUCCAUAUUCAGUCCCCUACAAAGAAAAGGGAUAAGUUAAUAUAACUAUGAAACCAAGAAUAAACCCUGUUAACCAGCCCAACUUUUUAAAAAAGCAGGGUAAAGGAGCUUAGAUUGAGCAACGGAUAUUGUGUGGGUGCACUUGUGCAUAUCUUUGAGACAGCAUUGACUCAUGUCAACUACUAGGAUUAGUCUGUCCAGUUUUUUUGACAAGAUUUUUUGAAGUGGUUUUCUAUUACCUUCUUCCUGAGGUAGCCCAAAGUCACUCAAUUGGCUUUAUCUCUAAGGCAGAAAUUUCCUGGUUUCUAGCCUGGUGCUUUGACUCUCCUUAGAAUACCAUUAAAGAGCAGCAACUGAUUAUUAUUUAAUCCCUCAUUCAGUACUAUUGUUUCUUUUACCUAAGGUGCCCCAAAAAUGUGAAUUGUUCCUUGACAACUCAAUUGUCUUUCCUUACAAAUAUGCACAAUCCACUGUACUCUUUCAUUGCUUUUUAUAGUUAUGGGACAAAAACCCUCCUACUUCAAUUUAACCACUGUCAAAUUAAUUCAGGGAGAACACAAGAUCUUUUCCACCAAAAGCCAGAUAACUGUUAAAAACUGUAGCUUUUAAUUCAGGUUAACCUUCUGAUACCUAUUCUCAAGCAGUUUCUUUUACUUCAUAUUUUUUAAAAUACCAACUUGAUCUCUUCCAUGUUCACUGGAUUACAGCUCCAUUCUUUCUGGGUGGAAUUUUUAAACCUGUAGACCAAUAGUUAUAGAGGGCACUAAACUGGGAAUGAUUGGGUUAAAGGUAAAUCCUUGUUUUAGUUAUCCCAUGAAAUAUUCAUGGGGAAUGGAAGUGAGGGUGGUUCUGAAAGUCUUAAUAAUAAAUACCCAUCAGCUGGGGGGAAAGUGAAACUGAAAAAGAGAAAGACCUCUCUAACCCCCAUUUCCCAGAUACUUUUAUCUGUCUUAAUAAUAUUUGUAUUACACUAGUCUUAAAACAAGAGAAAGCGAAGAGUUUACAUUUUUGGUCAAACAACAGCACUUUCUCUUAAAUAUGUUUGUUUUAUCUUAAAGUAGGGCAAAGAGAACUAUAUAAAUAAAAAAAGCUUCUUGAGCUCAAGCUUAAAGGACAGAGUGUGAAUAAGUGAAUCUGAACAAUAGUGUGAGUGAGUACUGAGGCUACAAAUAUCUCAACAGAAAUGGAAUACAAUAGAAAUGGCUGGCAAGUUGAUAUUGUGGUAAGUUAAAAAAAUAUGCCCAUUUCUUAGAUCAGGAAUGUAAUGACAAAGUAAUGCUAUGUAGAAUAUGUUGUUAACAAGUAUAGGCAGGGCGAAGAGGUGCAAAGGAAGACAGGAUUCAUGCAUCUUCCUCUUGGAAAGAGAAGGUUCAGCAAAUGGAAUGGGUCAGCCAAAGUGAACAUAACAAGAGCCUGCUGGACCAGACCAACAUCUAUCUACCCCAGUAUCUGUUUUCCAGUAAUGGUGCUGUCUGAGUAAGUUGGACUUUGGCUCCCAUAAACUUGGGAUGUUUGGGAGUUGAUGUCCAGUGUUUCAAAAAAUACAGCUGACUGAGCAACUGACUGAGGUUUGACUUGGCAGUAAACCAACUCUUUAAUAUAGUUGUAACAUAUGAGUGAUAUAAUUGAGUUUUAUAAAGAAUUCCUGUUUUCUACUAGAACAUGAAAGAAAUGGGCAGAGCAUAAACACUACAGAAAUAUAAUUUUAAACUUAAUGACAAGCUGUGUUUAAAACAAGGUUUGUAAAUAGUGUUUGUUGCUGAAAAAUAAGACAAAUAAAACACACUAUGGUUAAAUUAUUUAUUUAUUUAUUUUAUUUUAUUUAUAUACCGCCCUUCUCCCGAAGAACUCAGGGCGGUUUACAGCCAAGGUAAAAGCACAACUCAAAAAAGUUAAAAACCAUUUAAAAACUACUUAAAUUAAAGGCUGAAGGAAUAUAAGACUAUAAUAAAACCCCAAUAAAAACGUCAUUAAGCCAGCCCUGCACGAUGAAAUAGAAAAGUCUUUAGCUCGCGGCGGAAGGUCCGGAGGUCAGGAAGUUGAUGUAUCCUCGUUCCAGAGGGCAGGAGCUCCCACAGACAAGUUUCUCUCCCUGGGAGUCGCCAGUCUACAUUGUUUGACUGACAGCACCCUGAGGAGACCCUCUCUAUGGGAGCGCAUGGGUCGAUGGGAGGCUAUUGGUAGCAGCAGGCAGUCUCGUAAAUAACCCAGUCCUAUGCCAUGGAGCGCUUUAAAGGUGAUAACCAACACCUUGAAUUGCACCCGGAAAACUACCGGAAGCCAGUGCAGCUCAUGCAGGACAGGUGUUACAUGGGAGGCUCGGGUUGUUCCCACUAUUACCCACGCGGCCGCAUUCUGAACCAGUUGGAGCCUCCGGGUGCUCUUCAAGGGGAGCCCCAUGUAAAAAGCAUUACAGUAGUCCAGGCGGGAAUGUACUAAGAGAACCCUGCUUAUAAAUUUGUCUCUUCUUAAAAUAGGACUUUUUAUUAUAGCUUGCAAAGGAAAUUCUACAGAUUAAGAAAUUAACUUUAUUUGUCCUAAAUUUCCUGCAAGUUCCCUUCUCUAUUUUACCAUUGUGUGUGUGAGGGGAGAAGAAACAUCUAUCUGCCUUCUGUGUAUUAUGCAAAGGCAAGCUUAUUAACAAUGAAAGUGAGCGCAAGAAGAAAAUAAUUACUCUGGUGAGAAUUACCACCUUGUCGCUCAUAAAUGCUCUGUGUGAAGUAAUCUUAAAGUUACAUGAUACAGUAUGUAGAUCAUGUAGCUGUUUAGAAGUAUAGUGCCUCUACCAGGAACAUAGGUGACAAUGAUCCCUUUUAACAAGUAGGGUACUUCCUGGGCCAGCUGUAAUUUAAACAUUUUGAGGAGCAUGUAAUUUAUCUGUAUAAUUUCAGUAAGUGGUGUAAUUUAUGACCAAAACAAUUGCACUAUAGUUGCUAAGAACAGUCACAGUGGCUAUAUCUAUAAAUGGUACCAUCCAUAAAUGUAUUUGCAUUAAUUACUCAACUAUUGUGGAUAUAAGAUUAGAGUAAAAGUUUAGAAAAUAUUUGGAAGAAAUUAACAUAUGCAAGCAUUCCAAAGCUGGGAUCCAGAUGGAAGCUGCUACAGCUUUUGUUGGAUAAUGAGGUAAUUAUAAAUACCUGUUGGACGUGGGUUGAGAAAUCUGUUGCCUUUCUGAUAUUGCUAAAGGGCAACUUCCAGCAUUCCCCAUGAUGAGCCUUGUAAAAAGUCAUUAGGGAUGCUCCAUAUUUGCUCUAGACCAGUGGUUCCCAACCUUUUUUUGGCCAUGCCCCACCUAAGCAUCUCUAAAAUCCUGAUGUGCCCCCCCCCCACAUAUAAUUCUUAUUAUUCAGAAAGUGAACUCCUACUCAUGCGGAGGACGUCUAAAAGGCCAUUAACUUGGUUUAAACAAGAUUCCAAAGAACGUGCAAUCCAUGAAAGAGAAAAAUAAAAGAAUGAAAAGACAGAAGUACUGAGGAACUUAAAAAAUAAUAGUAUUAAGAGAUAUGAAAAAACAGCAAAUAAAGUUUCAAAACAUAAUAGAGACCUGAAAUGCAUAAAUAUAAAAUAAUUUUAAUGAAAGCUUUUUCUGUAAUACUUUGAUCAUAUUAAUUACUAUAUAUAUAUUAAAAUAAAAGCACCUAACAAAUUCAAAAUACAAUUUGAGCUCACUCAAGAUCAUAUUUACAAUGCAAUCCUAUGCAUGUCUACUCAGAAGUAAGUACCAUUGUCUUCAAUGGGGCUUACUCCUGGGAAAAUGUGGGAUUGUAGCUUU